CGGAGCUGGAGUUCGUGCAGAUCCUCGUCAUCGUGGUGGUGAUGAUGGUGAUGGUGGUGGUGAUCACGUGCCUGCUGAGCCACUACAAGCUGUCUGCGCGCUCCUUCAUCAGCCGGCACAGCCAGGGCCGCAGGAGGGACGAUGGCCUCUCCUCGGAAGGAUGCCUGUGGCCCUCAGAGAGCACAGUGUCGGCCGGAGGAAUCCCUGAGCCGCAGGUCUAUGCACCGCCUCGGCCUGCUGACCGCCUGGCUGUGCCGCCCUUCGCCCCCCGGGACCGUUUCCACCGCUUCCAGCCCACCUACCCCUACCUGCAGCACGAGAUCGACCUGCCGCCCACCAUCUCACUGUCGGAUGGAGAGGAGCCCCCGCCCUACCAGGGCCCCUGCACCCUCCAGCUUCGGGACCCUGAGCAGCAGCUGGAGCUGAAUCGCGAGUCAGUGCGCGCGCCCCCCAACAGAACCAUCUUCGACAGUGACCUGAUGGACAGCGCCAUGCUGGGCGGCCCCUGUCCCCCCAGCAGUAACUCGGGCAUCAGCGCCACGUGCUACGGUAGCGGCGGGCGCAUGGAGGGACCGCCCCCCACCUACAGCGAGGUCAUCGGUCACUACCCUGGAUCCUCCUUCCAGCACCAGCAAAGCCACGGGCCGCCCUCCCUGCUGGAGGGGACCCGGAUCCAGCACCCACACAUCACCCCCCUGGAGAGCAAAGAGAAGGAGAAACAGAAAGGACACCCCCUCUAGGAGCCCCGGGGGCGGGCCAGGGCCGCUGUGGGUAAAAAGGCAAACACUCCGCACUUCCUAGAAGAGAAAGAGAGGCGAACAGGGCGACACACGGGAAAUGCUGCGUGUGACACCCGCCUCUCUGUGUAUAAAUAUUUACAUGUUAUGUCUGGUCUGAAUGCACAAGCGCAGAAAGCUUGCAAAAAACAAAACAAAACGAAAAACAAAAAAAUCCACGUUUCUUUGUUGAGCCGUGUCUUGAAGGCAAAAGAAAAAAUUCUACAGUAGUCUUUUUUUGUUUCUAGUUGAGCUGCGUGCGUGAAUGCUUAAUUUUCUUUUGUUUAUGAUGAUUUCACUUAACUUUAAAGACAUAUUUGCACAAAACCUUUGUUUAAAGAUCUGCAAUAUUAUAUAUAUAUAAAAAUAUAUAUAAAAUGAGAGAAAACUAUGUGCGAGGGCAGGAGUAUUUUUGUAUUAGAAGAGGCUUAUUAAAAAAAAGUUGUUUUCUGAACUAGAAGCGGAAAAAAAAUGGCAAUUUUUGAGUGCCAACUCAGAAAGUGUGUAUUACCUUGUAAAGAAAAAAAACUACAAAGCAGGGGUUUAGAGUUAUUUAUAUAAAUGUUGAGAUUUUGCACUAUUUUUUAAUAUAAAUAUGUCAGUGCUUGUUUGAUGGAAACUUCUAUCAUGUCUGUUGAGAGUUGGAGGGGGAAGGGUCAUAGACUCAGUCGAGGUCAGGCCCCCCGCCCCGCCUCCCGGAGCGAGACGCCUCUGUCUAGGGAUAGGUGGGUGCCGUGCGAUCUCUUCCCUACCAAAGCGGGGAUACGAGUUUUCCCUCUGGGCCAGAAUAGCUUUUGGGAUGCAGAGCAAUCCAAAGUUACCCCAGAGGCACCAGGGUCCAGGUGGUGGUUUUUGCCUUUCCCAAAAUGAAAAUAAACUGUUACCGAAGGAAUCUUAAGUUUUUCUUCCUCUGUUACGAGCUAGAAAGGUCCCUGUGGGAAGGGGCAAGGCGCCCCUUGCAGGCUGCAGCUGUCCCUGCACUUGGCACCCGGGCAGGCUGAGGCUCAGGUGAUGUGCGGGUGCUGGUAGCUUUGGGGGCGAUUCAGCAGGCUGCAGGAUGCAUCCGGGCUCGGACAGUACCCUGACUUGUAGGAAAGGCCCAAAGUAUUAGCGACUUGAGCUCAUCCCGUGGCCUUUUAUAUCUCGAUUUUCACAAUAAACCGAUGAUCCGAGGUGCGAAGGUGACAAGCCCAGGUUUCUCCCAGGAUGUGUGAAAGUGUUAAAUCAGAAAAGAAAAAGACAAAACAGUCAAACCAGCACACACCCGUGCGUCAGGCUUUAGCAGAAAUCCUUACCUUCUCCUGCCCCGCGUCUUCCGCAUCGUCUUGGACACAGUUGUAUGUGAUGUAUUUGUCGGUGGUUCCACGGGCCUCUCUUGUGCCAGGGUUUUGCUGAGUGGCUUUGGGGUGACUGCACCCCGCGGUGGUGGCACGCAAGUGGCAGAGCAGAAAUGGGCACCGGUAAACAGAGGUGGCAAGGGAGAGUGCCAGAGGAGCCCCUUGGGACGGGCAGGGACAAUGGCUGCACCUGAAGUCCUUCCUCCCCAGGGUGGACUUGCUAGUAGCCCAGGGAGUGAUCUUACUCCGCCAGAAGGGCAGGAAGCAUCCACUUCCGUGAGGAACAGAUGCUGAGGAGUGGACUAACAAAGAUAAAGAGGCAGUGACAGUUGCAAGCAACCUCUUUUUUUAUUACUUGAAAAAUACAACCUGAAAACGGUUCUGAAAUUCUGAUCCCUGGACCUCAAUGUGUCCACGUCAAGAGCUUAGUGACCGGCAGGACACUUCUUACAUGUGACAAGAGCAGAACCGGGCUUCCUGUGGGCUUUUAGCCUAACGUCCACUUCCCCCUGUAGAGGGUUCUUUCCAGAAGUCCUGCAGAGAAGUCGGAAUGGUUGUCCUGGAAGGUGCAGGGACACAAAGAUGUUCCCAAGGUGUUUUUUCCUUUUCGUCAGGUGUCCCUGGUGUCUUACCAAGGAUGGGUAUCUCUCUUGUCUCAGGGUGGGGAUGUCCCUGGGCACCGCCUAGCUCACCAGGUCUGGCAGCCCCUCCCCUAGUCCUAGAGGGUUCCUGCUGCUUUUGAAACAUCCCUGUCACCCUCCUGCCUCCUCCACCAGAGAUGCGCCCUGCUCAGGGAGGCGACCCUUCUUGUCCGAGCGUCCUCUUUAGUCAAGGGCUGUGCGUAACUCCCACUUGAGCUGAAAACCUGAAAAAUGCACCUCAUUUGUGUGCGUGGCAUCAGCCAAAAGCUGGGCUGAGGUAUCCUACUGUCCCUAUGCCAGACCGUUGGACUCUUGUUGCUCUGUGGUGUGGUCUGCAUUUACUAAAGUGGGGGACAUCCUCUGCAGCACCCACCCCUCUGCUGACACUCAGCAUAGACGUCGGUGGUUCCAGGGCUCAUGCCUCACAUGUCAGCGCAGGGCUCUGAGGAGAUGGUGCAUCCCCAGGAAACUGCUGGGGUGUUUCCAGAUCUGAAAGCUGCUCCUGGAGCUGAGCUCUUGGCUUCUCAGGACCCCCCAUCUCCCCUAGUUGUAAGCCGAGGUGUCAUUAUCCUUGAAGUAUCCAUCAGGGGCCCCCAUCCCUUUUCCAGCAGGAAGUUAGAUGGGGCCUUGGGGAGAGUGGCUGGUUGGAGGGGGACCAGAUCGGUUUGGGGGUUCUGCUGCUCCAUCCUGGGCCCAGAGCAGGUGGGAGCAUGUGGCUCUCUCCACCCCUCCCUUUGUUUGCUACCCAUCAACACCCACAUUUCUUGCAGAGAAAAAUCACUGCUUCUGCAAAGCCCAGGUCUGUAAGAACAGACUUAGCAAAUUGCACUAACAGCCAGGCAUCUUUUCACAAGCCCAGCAUUUUGGCAAAAAGCUGAAGGUGUCCCCUUUGACCCCACGGGGUAAGGCACAAACCAGAUCCACUUCCCUGUCCUUGUUGGUCCUGUCCCUGUGUAUUGUAUGUUUCAGAUUUUUUUUUCUAUGUGCAACACAGCUCCCAGAACUAUAAAAACCCCCAGUGAUGUGGAAAGAAAAUGCAUUGGGUUUUGUUGUGUUUUCUGGAUACUGUGCUCUGCGUGUCUCUCUACUAUGGAGUUCCAAAGGCUGGCGCCGCCUUCCGUUCUGCUGCCUCGUCCACGGCUGUCUGUCUGUCGCUCUGACUGCGAUGCUUGCAUGUUGCCUCUGGGGCGUUAGAACUCUCUCUCCUGCAGCCCUGUGUCCCAAGUUCUGUUCGAGUUAAACUUCUGUAAGCUCUCCGCACUCGCCAGGCGCAGCACCCAGGUUGCAGCUGUGAAGACUGUCUCUGGAUGCCAUCCACAGGCCUGAAGAAAUUGCUUGUUGUGUAUCAGUAAUCAUUAGUGGCAAUGAUGACAUUUUGAAAAGCUGCAAUACUUAUACAAUAAAUUUUACAGUUCUUUGGAA